AGACGAGGCGCCGGCUCUGUAAUCUAUCAGUUUACUCUGAUGUUGUGGGUAUGGCUCCAAUAAACGAGAAACGCCGUCAAAAGGUCGCAAGCAUGGCUGCAAAGUCCAGGAAGCCUGAUCGUUCAUUUAAACUCCGUCUGUGCUCUAAUUUACAUGUGCCAUGCCUUUCUAGAUAUUCAUCAUUUCGCUCGAUCUCAGCUUCCACUGCCUUGGCAGCAUCACAUCCCCCUCUUACAACAUGGCUGCUCCAACACCAACCUACCCGCUCAAGGGAGGCCCCCGAACUCGAUGGAACAUGGAAUUUGCACGCAAGGCUGAAGAGCUGAAGCCAACGCUGCGUCGCUGGGCUCGAAGGCCUCAACAUGUCAUCCGCUUCGUCGAGGACGAGACUCAGUAUUUCGGCAUCCGACCAUCCACGAUAAUGAAAACAAUGCAAGAUUUCGAGGCGAGCUUGUGGCCCAGGAAAAGCGAUUUCAUCCUCGACUUUGGUAUUCACAUGGUCGGCUACUUGUCCAUGCGCCUCGACUCACAUGGCUCACACAUGGACGCCCCAUGCAGGCUGCGACUGACCUUUGGGGAAUCGCCCCUCGAUGUCACCAUGGGUAUGGAGAAUGUCAAGACAUGGAUCAGCACAUCAUGGCUCCCCGACGAGAUUGUCAACGUCGACAUGUGUCCCGAGACUCUGAAGGUGCCGCGGCGUCAUGCGUUCCGCUAUCUCCGUGUCGAGAUUAUUGACAUGUCGCCCAAGUGCAAGCUCUCCUUCUCUGACAUCUCGUGCGAAUGUGUCAGUGCUAUUGGACAGUCCGACAAGGUCGACGCAUAUGCUUUCAAGAACACUGUCUUGGAUCGCAUCGACCAAGUCAGUCUCAUGACACUUCGCGACUGCAUGCAAACGGUGUUCGAGGACGGACCUCGCAGAGACAAACGGCUGUGGCUUGGAGACUUGAGGCUGCAGGCACUGGCAAACUACAAGUCCUUCAAGGACUUUGACUUGGUCAAACGCUGCAUCUACCAGUUUGCGGCUAUUGUGCGGGAGGACGACUCGGUGCCAGCCUGUCUCUUCGAGCAUCCUGUCUUCACGCCUUCUGACGAUUACAUUGUCGACUACGAUGCGCUUUUCGCCGUAGUUGUCUACGACUAUGUCGAGGUGUCUGGCGAUAUCUCAAUUGGCAAGGAGCUCUGGCCGACCGUCAUUGGCUGCUUGAAGAAGGCGCUUUCUCACCUUGAUCCUGAGACUGGCCUCUUCGAUCCAUCGCGCGGUGGCGAUUGGAAAUUUCUCGACUGGCAGGAAGACCUCGAUCGCAGCGCUGGGAGCCAUGGACUUCUCUUGUACUGUCUCAAGGCCACCAACAAGCUGGCUCUUCUAUUGGGUCAAGAGCCUCCACACGAGCACACUGCCGUCACCAUGACAGAGGCAGCCAAGGCACUUCUGAACGAUGAAGGUCUCGUCGUGUCAGGCCCCAAUGCCCAAGUAAGCUAUGCAUCCGCAGCUUGGCUCGCCCUGUCGGGUGCAUACCCGCAAGAAAUGGCGCGAGCUGCAUUGCUGAAGGCCCUGGACCACCCUGACGCCAUUCAACCUCUGACGCCAUACCUCUGGCACUACGUCUGUGAGGCGCUGGCUGACGUUGGAUGCAAAGAGGAGUGCAUCAAAGUCAUGGAAGGUUACUGGGGGAAGAUGAUCGAAGCAGGGGCCGACACGUUCUGGGAGUGCUUCGACCCGGAAGACCGCACCAACAGCCCUUAUGGGGACGUAAGGAACAAUAGCUUCUGUCACGCCUGGAGCUGCACGCCCACGUACCUGCUGCGGGGGAAGCUGGCGAGCAAUGUCUUGCAGGACCCUGUGCCCAAAGUGAUGACUGUGGAGGAGCUCGAUGAUAGUUGGAUUGCCCACACCAGCGGAGAGCUUGAGAAAAUUUGAUUGAACACAAGAGUCCACAAACAGUAGAAUUAGCCAUAGGCAAUUAGUGCCAUUUCCUUGACCAUUUAUUCCGUUUCCACCGUUGAUGCGAUUGGGUCCCCAGCGUCUGGAUGUGGCCUGAAAUCAAGAUUCUUGAGCGCCUGGAGGACUUGAUGAACUUUUGCGUGCCGCUCAUUAUACUCGACGCCUCCCCGUGACUCUUGGCUAAGUUCUGACAGGUAGGCCGCGCCAAUAUCACGGAUUUUGACGACA